AUCAACCUUGCUGAUUUUAGUUUGGGCCCUUCACAAGCCUCUGAGAAGCCAUGAAGAGAGCCGAAGUCUUUAUUCUGCUUUUUGCUGGUGUGUUGGUCAACGGAAAAGACCUCCGCUGGCAGAACAGCUAUGACCAGCCGUUAGAUUUUAAUUGCCCCCCAGGACAAUCCAUCUCUCGCAUAGUGAGUGAGCAUCACAACAAACAUGAAGACCGUCUGUGGGACUUUGGGUGCAAAACCACAUUUGACUCAGCGACUAACUGCUUCACGUCUUCCUACGUAAAUGACUUCGACAAACCUUUCAGCUACCAAUGCCCAAGCCACCAGGUCAUCACAGGGAUGCACAGCUAUCAUGAAAACAAACAUGAGGACAGAAGAUGGAAGUUCACCUGCUGUGGAGCCAGCAACUUCUGUACCGAUAGUUGCCAGUGGACCAACUACGUAAACUGGUUUGAUGAGGCCUUCACUUUUAAUGUCCCACCAAAUUCCUACCUGAUUGCAGUUGAAAGCUUCCAUGAAAACAAGCAUGAAGAUCGUCGCUGGAAAUACCAAUACUGUACCAGAAGGUCAUGCUGAUUCUAUAACUGAGUCUAGCUACAAUCAGAUUAUUUUAUCGAUUGUUGCGUCUUGAUAAUCUUGAAAGAAUUUCAUGAUUAAAGAUAUUGUGUUUCAUUUCACUGCUCUAAAAUAUAAAUAAUUGAUUAUGCUUGGUUUUUGGUCAAGAUAUAAACUCAAUACAGUACUUUAAUGGAGGGCAAAUGCUUAUCUCAGACAAUAAUUACUAAAACAUUGGGUCACACCUUAUUUGGAUAGUCCCCUAUAGAUGAUCUACAGAUGCUCAAACCAUCAACAGACUAUCAACUGCAACUCUGUUGAUAUGCAACAACUUGCUAUGGUUAGGUUUAGGGUUAGUUAGUAUUGGGGUUAAAAGGGAAGUUUUUUACAACUUCAUUUUAGAUGGUUCCUGUCCCUGAAAGUAGUCUAUGGAUCAGGAGAAACUGUAAUACAUGGUUUUCUUCUAAGAGCCACUACAAACUUCAGCUAACUUAAGCUAGCUUAAAAUCAAUGGGAGUGAUGUGGGCAUGCAGUGGCCGUAAAAAAUUCCAUAGCCAAAUUAACUGAAUUAUUUGGUUUGACGUUACUUUAAGUAAUUUGGCUUCUUCAAUUCUUCAAAAUCUUAUCCAUGGAUUACAGUUUCUCCUGGCCCAUAGACAACCUUCAAGGGGAGGAACCAUCUAACACGAAGGUGUAAAAUACUGAACUUCCCCUUUAAGGCAUUUACUGAGCUACUGCAGUCAGGCUUCUACCCAUUGAGAAAAGUGUAUACUGUUCUAGUCUGGCCGUGUCCUCUCGAGCCUGCCUAACGGUCCUACACUGACCUGAUAUAACGUUGAUUUCCCCCCAGUUUGGUAAUAUAAAAAUGUAUAUCUGGGCAGCAGGAACCCUUUCAGCUUGUUAGGAAAACAUCAAAUUCUGUUGAUUGUUUUCACACAUCGAUCAUAUUUGGACAGAUCUUGUGGGACUCUCAUUCACAUCACUGGAAAAAAUGUGAAUGUGAUGUACAUAAUGUAAUUUAUUGGUUUAUUGGUUAUGAAUUUAACCCAUUUAAACCUUUUCAUUUUCAAAGAUCUUCCCAAUGGUAUCUGUUUUUUUCUCUCCAAACUAGCAGCCAAGUAACCCCUGACCUAUCUACACUUGACCCAUGAUUCUCACUGUAACACAGAGGUUCAUAAAAAAUAGUUUGGCAACAUUUCUAGCACACAAAACAAAAACCAUCCGUAAUUUAGUGUAUUUAUGUUAAACUUUUCCAUUGCAGCACACCUGUUCAAACACUGAGAUUACCCAUGUACGUUGCUGAAAGACCACCAAGGUCUUUAGUUCAGUCAUCCUAUCUGUUUCUAUUAAUAUAUAUUUAGCCCUGCUGGUUGUGCUUUGGUCAGAUCACACACCUCUGAGAAGCUACAGUGCCUGCAGAAAAGAAUUCACACCACUUGACUUUUUCCACAAUUUGUUGUGUUAUAGCC